AUGUGCCAGCCUGCAGCGGCAGCACUUUUGGGGUUCGUGUACAUGUAGUUAAAAAUGUCCGUUAAAACCGUGGGCUCGGCAUUAACCCGUACACUGUGGACUAGAGGAAGCAGGACUCCUCCUCUCGUGCGAUCUCCCAAAGUGAACAGACUUUCUACCACAUGCAGGCUGUCUGGAGAAAGAAAGCAGGGCCGCGAAAAAACAAAAGAGGAAAGUUGCGGCUCAUGCUCAGACAGGCCCAGCGACGACGUUACAUCGUCCGGAGAGCCUCCUUACAGAUGCACGGCAGGGGACAAGAAGAGACCCAAGGAGCCCGUGGGUGCCCCCGGUGUCACUGGUUCAAGAAGACGGUCAUACACCUCCACCACAGCUCCCGUAGACCAGAGGUCCUACCUGUGGGCGCGCUACAAUGACACGAAACGGCUAGUUCACGAUCUGAUUCCACCGGGUGCUUGUAACCUCCUCAACUCCUCCACCAUCUAUGCCAACAAUGAGGUCAGCCUGGCUGAAGUGGACAUCUACGGCUUUGAUUAUGACUACACGCUGGCUCUGUACUCAAAUGCGCUCAACACAAUGAUCUACAACACAGCAAGAGGCUUCCUGAUUGAGCACUUUAAGUAUCCUGUAGACAUUCGCAAAUAUGAUUACAUUCCCAACUUUGCCGUUCGGGGUCUUCACUAUGACAUCCAAAAGGGUCUUCUAAUGAAGAUCGAUGCCUUCCAUUACAUCCAGCCAGGAACUGUGUAUCGGGGACUGAGUCCAAUGCCAGACGAGGAGGUCCUCCAGCUCUACGGGGGGACUUACCAUGUCCCCCUGCAGCAAGACAGUGGCUUCUAUGGAAAGGGACCAAAGGUGAAGCAGUUCAUGGACAUCUUCUCCAUCCCUGAGAUGACUCUCUUGGCUGUGGCAAAUGACUUUUUCAUCACAAACAACAUUGAAUACGAUCCAGUUCACCUGUUCAGGGACGUCUCUGAAGCAAUUGGCAUGGUUCACCUCAAAGGCUACAUGUACAAGUGGAUCAUGGAAGAUCUCGAUAAGUUCAUUCCAAGAGGAGAAGAGACCGAUGCUGUUUUGCAUCGACUGGUCAGUCAGGGAAAGAAACUUUUCCUCAUCACUAACAGUCCCUUCAGCUUUGUUGAUAAAGGAAUGACACACAUGGUGGGCAAAAACUGGAGAGACUUCUUUGACGUUGUCAUCGUGCAGGCAGACAAACCUCACUUCUUCACCGAUUGUAUCAAACCUUUCAGACGGUUGGACGGUAAUGGAGACCUUCGGUGGGAAAAGAUAAACGGUUUGGACAAAGGGCAGAUCUACAAACAGGGAAACUUGUUUGAAUUUCUCAGACUGACGGGCUGGCGAGGUUCAAAGGUUCUUUACUUUGGAGACCAUCUUUAUAGUGACUUGGCUGACCUCAUGUUGCGACAUGGCUGGCGUACAGCAGCCAUAGUGCCUGAGCUGGAGCAGGAAACCAAAGUGGUGAGCACGGACCGGUAUGCUCUGAACCUCACCUGGCUACAGGCUUUAACCGGCCUGAUGGAGCGCCUACAGACACGCCGGGAUCCAGAGUCCAAACAUGUUUUUCAGGAAUGGCAGAAUGAGAGAGAGGAACUCAGGGUGAUGACAAAGAACUUGUUCAAUCCUCAGUUUGGCAGCAUCUUCAGAACGUGUCACAACCCCACCUACUUCUCCAGACGUCUGUGCCGCUUCUCAGACAUCUACAUGGCCUCCCUCAGCUGUCUUUUGAAUUACGACCUCUCCUACACUUUCUACCCCCGCCGCACCCCUCUGCAGCACGAGGCUCCUCUGUGGAUGGACCAGCUCUGCACAGGCUGCAUGAAGACGCCUCACCUGGAGGAGAUGUCUCACAUACGCUGAGAGCUGUACUCUCCCCAGUGACUGUUAGGACUAUAUAUUCUACGAAUGGCAAAGAAUGCCGGAGGAUUUCUUUCAUGUAGCAGGAUUUCUUUUCAGAGAAGAAGAUGCCGCACAACUCGCUCCUCAUAGCAAAGCUUGUUCUACACUGAGUGAUCCACUUCCCCAAUGAAUUCACUAGAGGGUGCUGUAGAUGUAGCUGCUGUCCAGAGAGCUUGACAUUCAGUUAAACAUGUUGGGGUACAGGAUUGGCAGACUCUCUAUUUGCUGCUUGAAUCAAAGUGAUAUGGAACAACACUGAGCUACCAAUGCACAAUAAGAACAAAUAAAUAAGUAAAAUCUAACAUAAUU